CUGACCGCUGGGCGGGGCCGCCGCGCUCAUGUGACACCGCCGCGGAGCCGCCGCCACCGCUGCUCCGCUCCCGCUGCCGCCGCCGCCAUGGUGCCGUCCCCGCUCGCCCUGCUCCUGGCGCUGGGUGCCGCCGCCACCGCCCUGGCCGAGCCCCUCCGCUUCGUCGAUUGCGGUUCCAUAGACGGCAGCAUCCAGGAGGUGAACGUGAGUCCGUGCCCCACGCAGCCGUGCCUGCUCCACAAGGGAACGUCCUACAGCAUCAACGUCACCUUCGCGAGCAAGAUCGAGAGCCAGGGCAGCAAAGCAAGGGUGUAUGGUGAGAUGCUGCACGUGGACAUCCCCUUUCCCAUUCCUGAGCCUGAUGGAUGCAAGUCCGGGAUCCAGUGCCCCAUUCAGAAGGGCCAUUCCUACAGCUACCUGAAUAAACUCCCUGUGAAGAGCGAGUACCCCAGUAUUAAACUGAUUGUGAAGUGGGAGCUGGUGGAUGACCAAGACCAGAUGUUGUUCUGCUGGAAGAUACCAGUGCAGAUCACCAGCUGAGGAGCCCUGCCUUUAGUAGGGCUUGGGGAGGGGAAAACCAGAAGAC